CAACUCAUACACAAAAAAAACGUCGGCAAUGGAAUGUUCGUAAAAAGUUGAUGGUCAUAUUUUAUCAAGAAAGUAGGCAUAGUAUUCGGGCAACAGCAGAUAGAUUUGAAAUUGAGCCUAAGCAAGUUUCACCGUAUGUUCGACGACUUAACACUAGUGCAAGGCCUAAAUAUCCACAAUUAGAAAAGGAACUUUUAGAGUGGUUUCAUGGGUUACGAGGACAACUUAAAACCGUAACCAGAUUUAUGAUUAGUGCAAAAGCCCGUAAUUUGGCUAGAAGACAAGAAUAUCGUACUCUGUAUCCUGAUGUUCUUGAAUUUCCAGGUGUAAAAGGUGUACGAAUUGGCAUUGAAGAGGAAGAAGAAAAUAGUGAAUCAUUUCCGGAAGAUAUUGAAAGUGAUCCAGAGAAUGAAUAUUAUGAAAAUGAAGAGGAAAAUUAUAUUAAUAUUUGGGACUAG